AUAUCCGUUGCUAGGGGCGGAAGCGGCUGGCGGUGUUGAUACUAGUGUGAAGCAGUGAUGACUCGUUGCGGCAAAUGAUAAAGCGGCUGAACGAGCCAAGGACAGUAACGUGACGGAGAGGGCCCUGUGUUGGGCGGACAUGAGAUAGCGGAGUGGCAGAGGUUGAGCCUCAGAACAGAGACGUGAUUUCCUGGAGGUGAGAUGAUGAACCCAUUCUGGAGCAUGUCAUCAGCGGCUGUCAGAAAGAAACCAGACAACGAGGAGAAGAUUGUAACGGGCGACCAGAAGAUCAGCCCCCCUCGGUCCUCAUCCUCCAAGAAACAGCUUCCUUCUAUACCGAAAAAUGCAGUUCCGAUUACUAAACCCAUCUCUCCAGCCCCCUCUUCACAGUCCACAAAUGGAACCCAUGCAUCCUACGGCCCUUUCUACCUAGAGUAUUCCCUUCUGGCAGAGUUUACUCUAGUGGUGAAGCAGAAACUGCCGGGUGUCUAUGUGCAGCCAUCUUAUCGCUCUGCUCUAAUGUGGUUUGGUGUGAUCUUUAUAAGGCAUGGCCUAUACCAGGAUGGUGUAUUUAAAUUCACAGUGUACAUCCCUGACAACUAUCCAGACGGAGAAUGUCCGCGUCUUGUUUUUGACAUCCCCGUCUUCCACCCUCUUGUUGAUCCGACCUCUGGCGAACUGGAUGUAAAAAGAGCGUUUGCAAAGUGGAGGAGAAACCACAACCACAUAUGGCAGGUGCUUAUGUAUGCAAGGAGGAUCUUUUACAAGAUAGAUACAACCAGCCCUUUGAAUCCAGAAGCUGCAGUGCUAUAUGAAAAAGAUGUCCAGCUGUUUAAGAGCAAAGUGGUAGACAGUGUUAAACUAUGCAAUAGCCACUUAUUUGACCAGCCAAAAAUUGAAGAUCCUUAUGCAAUUAUAUUUUCCCCAUGGAAUCCUGCACUACACGAUGAAGCCAGAGAAAAAAUGUUGGCACAAAAAAGGAAAUCUGAGGAGCAGAAUAAAAGCCUCCAUGCUACUGGUUUAUCCUGGGUGAAACCCGGAUCUGUCCUGCCAUUCAGUAAAGAAGAGAACAGUUUGCAGACCUAGUGCUGGCUGCACACGACAUGAAACAGGGCAACCAGUGGACUCCAAUCCUUAAUAAUGAUAUUAACUGUAGAGGAGAAGCGGCAUAUUUCGUCUCUAUCCUCCAUAAAGAUCAGGCUUUCAAUUUUAUCUUCUGGAUCCUCAAUCUGGAUUUGGAUUUUAACUCUGACUGGAACUUCAAGGGUUUCAUUUAUUUUAAUUUUUUCCCCAUGUUCCUGGACAGUGGAGCAUUUCACCAUCUAAAGCUGUAGGAAGCCCCAGGACCUGCAUGCACGCUUUGGCUUCCUUUUUGGCAAUUCUGGAGAUGUUUACCUCUUUAUUGGAUGUACUUAUUGGAAUGUUAUGGUUUACUGGAUUGGAUGUGGGUCUCGGUAUAUGGGAGAUUAAAAAGGGGUUGUAACUAAGUUUUGAUAAACUAUACACUACGUAUAACUAAAGUCUGUAGAAAAUGGUUUUAAUAAUGCCUUUUGUUGUAUAAAUACAGUUAGAAUAUUAAAAUUGUAAAUACGA